AUGCCCCUAAACUCACCGUUGGAUGGUACUGCUAUUCUGAGCACAUCGACAAAUGCGGAAGAAGAAAGAAAGGAGGAUGAUCUGUUCGAGAUAUCUUGUCUCAGUGCAGCAAGCUUGGAACUACUUGUGUUCACGCAGGCUUCGAUGCCGGAUCCGCAGUUCGAUCCGCUUCUGGGCUUUUCCUUUUGCGUAUUUUCUGACGUUUGUCGAUCAACUACACCAUCACAACUA